UCUGUCUUGCCUGUCUAUCUGCUGCCCUGCUUUUGGCCUGUCCAGUCUCGGUUGCCUUUGCUCCUGGUCGCCACCUGCCCAGCUCAGCGUCAGUGUUGGCUCCAGCGCGAUGGCUCCACUCUCGCACUCACACUGCCUCCUGCCAUGGAUCGCCUUCCUGCUCGCCAUCAACUGCAGCCACGUCCAGGCACACGGGAAAGUGUUCGUCGUGGGGGCAAAGAACGGGACUCAGCAGUUGGAUGUGAGCGGAGCCCCGGAGCUGUGCACCUCGCGGGGAGCGCGCCUCGCCACCCAGGAGGAGCUGAUGCGGGCGGUGGAGGAAUGUGCCUUCGCAGUGUGCACCACAGGCUGGCUGUCAGGCAGCCUCAUUGGGAUAACCAUAUGUUAUAGCAUGGACAAUGGUCAACAGAAGGUGAAGACUAUCGAUGUGAAAACAGAAACUGCUGGCUCUUCAAGUGGUCCAUAUGAUUCAUUUUGUAUUAAAGACAAAGGCAACCCGUGUGGAGAUCCUCCUUCUUUUCCCAACACAAUUCUGGAGAGCCAUACACACAUUGAAAUGGGAGAUGAGGUGCUGUAUGUCUGCACUCACGGCUAUAUUAUGACAAACAAGGAGAGUGUCUUCAGCCUCUUAUGUGAUAGUUGCGGAGAAUGGUACGGCCAUGUUCAAGUCUGUAUGAAAGGUGACACCCAGGGGCAUAUUGACUAUGAAGACAAAUUCCCCGAUGGCGACUCUUUGUCGUUUUCAGAUCGCAACAGAAAGGGGAGCAAAGUCAUUUUUUCCGAUGAUGACGAAGAAGGUGAGGAAGCAGACAAGGAAGAUGAUGACUCAAUGGGGAAAGACGGCCGAAAAACACCAGAGCCAACUGAAUGGCCUGUCUCAUUACUCAGCCAAAAGCACUUAUUUUGGUUCCCUUCUGAGGCGUUUUCCGAAACAGAGCAGCCUGAUGUUCAGGAGCAGCCAGGUGUGGAUUCCAAAACCCAAAGCGAUAAUCAGAUUGGAGGAAAGACAGAGGUUACUGAAGGGGUGAAAACGGAAAACGAGGAGUUCCUGAUUGAGUCUUCCAUUGUGCACAACAAAACUAAAGUCAUCAAGGAAACAGUGGCUAGCACUGAUGAAUCAUGGCUGGAUGGCUAUCCCGUGGCAUCUGAAAGUGAGGAGGAAGGUGAGAAGGUUGACGGAUCAAUGGAAACAGAUGAUGAGACAGUCAUCACCACAGAUCACUCAAAUCACAUUGAGAUCAGCAGGGCAGACACGCCAAGCACUUCAGCCACUGAUUAUACACAGAUUCUAAUGGCGCCAACGGGAAUGCCUGACCAGGGAGUCAAACAAAUUGGCGUAGGUCUGACGCUCACCACAGCACCAGAAAAUGUGAGUGCCAGUAAAGCGAUCAACGACGUCAAGCACUUCACUACCACACCUUCAGGCAUAGUCACGGAAGAGCCUCUGAAAUCUUUUGAUGCUGUUACUGAGCCGUCAGUGUUUUUCACAACCACUGUAGAAACAACAGGUGAGAGCUUGCACCCUGUCGAUCAUGCUCCAGUUCCUACAGAAAGAGGCAAACCUACAACCUACCACACUCUGGAUUCAGACACACUUGAACCCAGUACUCAGACUCCAAUGGUUUUUACAGAAAUUGACAUUGAUGACGACGACUUCCCCAAAAUAGAGAACUUCACAGGAGACACUGAGGCCAAGCUCAUGCCCACAUCUGAGCCUUGUGUUGGGGAAGACUGCCCAAGCUCAAGCAAAGGCCCCAUGAUUGCCAUUAUAGUCAUUGCGAUCGGUUUGCUUGCACUGGCAUCUAUACUGGCCUUGUGGUGUUACAAAAGGAGGCAUCAGAAAACAUCUGUGUAUGAGAUGAACGGAAAAGGGCAGACGAGGCGUGGUGAGCAAAUUGAAAUGCAGCAAAAAGUGUAAUUUGGAGAGAACACGGAUCUGCUUGUUAAGGAGGCGCUAAUUACCAGCUACAAAAUCACAGUGGACGUUUCAGAGCUGACUCCACCUUACAAAAUGGAAAACACUGUGGUACUGAAAGAGUCAUCUUAGUUCUGAUGUGCUUUGAAUAAUCAACAGAAGUAUGCUUCAAAAUACCUAGCGAAUGCAGUAUGGACAUUGAGCUUGAAUCAGUCAAGUGGACACAAC